GGAUAGGCUGCCUGUUCCUCACUUCGCCAGUCCUCCUCCGUUCCUCGCCGCGAUCAUCCGGCUGCGCGCCUCCCUCUGCGCGUUUGGUUUACUUCGGAGCAGCACAGUUCGACCGUAUUGGUACAUUAGCAUCAGAAUUCCAAUUUUGAUGAGAAUUUAGAUACUAUAUUUUUGAGUCUAACAACUACUGCUUAAGUAACGGCUACUACACAUUCGAUUAAAUCGAGAAGAAGAUGCUGCUGCUGCUACGGUUUCCGCUUUUCUUCUCGUGGUUGUUGUUGCUUUGCGUUUCGUUGAUCGGCGGAUCAGAGGCCUCUCUUCCGUCCAGAGAUCUCCUCGGAAUCUCGCCUCAAGAUGAGACGUACUAUAAAGGAUUGUCAUCCGGAGCUGCGAUAAAAUGUAAAAACGGAUCCAACAAAUUCACGCCGGCUCAGCUCAAUGAUGAUUUCUGCGACUGUCCUGAUGGCUCCGAUGAGCCAGGAACCUCAGCAUGUCCCAAUGGCAAGUUUUAUUGCCGGAAUGCUGGACAUAUGCCCCUCCUUAUAUAUUCCUCAAUGGUUAAUGAUGGCAUCUGCGAUUGCUGUGAUGGGAGUGAUGAGUAUGGUGGCAAAACUAAGUGCCCAAAUAUGUGUUGGGAGGCUGGCAAGGUGGCUAGAGAUAAGUUAAAGAAAAGAAUUGCAAUAUUUCAGGAAGGUGUUAUUAUAAGGAAGAAGGAAAUUGAACAAGCAAAACUAGCGAUUUUGAAGGAGGAAGCAGAACUAGCAAAGCUAACAAAAGAGGAGAAGAUACUUAAAGAUAUAGUUGAGCAGUUGAAAGAGCACAAUGAACAGAUAGAAGAGGCUCAGGAAAAAGAACGAAUGCAAAGAGAAAUGGAGAAGGAAAAGAAAGAAGUUGAUGAAGCUAAGUUGGAGGUGACCAAAACUGGGGAGAAUUAUCUUGAAGAAGCUGAAAAUGCGAAGGAUGGCAUCCAUAACAAGAUUCCCUCUGAGGAUGCUCCUUUAGAGAAUGUGGUAGAAGAUCAUAGCAGUAAAGUGGACAAAGUUGAUAAGAGUGACAUUUCAAUAAUGGAUGAAACCCCUGGUGAUGAUGUAGGCAGGGUGAUAGAGGACUCCCCCAAGCAUGCUAUGAUAGAAGAGGGGUCGUCUGCAAGUGAAAAUAAAGCUGAUCUUAGGAGCAGUGAGGUGAAAGAUGCUACUGAAAAUACUGAGUCCUUGUCAAAGGAAGAGUUGGGCCGUGUUGUUGGUUCUCGUUGGACAGGAAAAAAGGCUGAGCAGGAAACAGGGGAGGCCAAGGCUAAUAAAGAUGAUCAUGGUGACCAUGAUGAAGAAUACAAUAUGUAUGAUUCAGAAGCUGACACUGAAGGUCAAAUGGAUGAGGAAGAUCAUGAUUCAAGUUCAUCGUCGUUAUUAUCUGAUGAUGAUACUGACGAUCAUGGGGAUGAUUUUGAAGGGGAAGAUCACGAUUCAAGUUCAUCAUCAGAUGAUGAACUGGAUUUAUCAGAUAUAACUGGAACAAGCAAUCCACCUUGGCUGGAGAAGAUAAAAAGAAAUGCUCAGAAGAUUUUUAAGACUUUUAAUUUGUUCCAAACUCCAGUAGACAUAUCUGAGGCUGCACGUGUACACAAAGAAUAUAAUGGUUCAACUGCCAAGUUGACAAAAAUUCAGUCAAGGAUAUCUAAGUUGACAAGGAAGCUAAAGCGUGAUUUUGGUCCAGAGAAGGAAUUCUAUUCAUUCCAUGGUCAAUGUUUUGAAAUCCAGCAAAACAAGUACACAUACAAGAUUUGCCCUUUCAAAAAGGCCACACAAGUUGAGGAGUAUAGUACAACUCAUUUGGGGAAUUGGGAUAAAUUCGAGGACUCAUACAGAAUCAUGCAAUUUUCAAAUGGAGAUAAUUGCUGGAAUGGGCCAGAUAGGAGUCUAAAGGUCAAACUAAGAUGUGGCUUGAAAAACGAGGUAAAUAGUGUAGAUGAGCCCAGCCGUUGCGAAUAUCUUGCAGUUUUAUCUACACCAGCUCUCUGUUCAGAAGAAAAGCUAAAGGAAUUCGAAGAUAAACUAAAGAUGCUGGACAGGGAGCUACCACAAGGAACACAACGUCACGAUGAACUGUGAAGGAUUUGUUUGAAAAAAAAAAACAUUUUUUUUUUGAGGGAUACAAAGCGCUAGAAAAGCGUCGUCAAUUGCCUGAGGUGAGAAGAAAGAAUAUAAACUAGGAAAAAAAAAUUAGAAUUUCGCCUUUAGGUUUUUGUUUGGGAUAUUUCUCAUAUUGUAGUUGCCACUGUUCAGAAACAGUCUUGAUCCUUUUACGUGCUUCUAGCAGGGAAUGGAAAAGGGAUAGCUCAAAGUUAGGCUUUA